AUGACACCAUGUAUUUACAUCAUCCGUCACGGAGAAGCCGCGCACAAUGUACAUCGCGGCUACGCAGAGCGCGACCCGCCCUUGACCAAAAGGGGCAGCCGCACCACCAAACACACCUAUCUUCCAACCCAGCCCGAUUUAAUCCUGAUCUCGCCAAUGAAACGCACACUUCAAACUGCUAUAAACAUGUUUCCUUUUCUAGCAGGCCAAGCUCCGUCCGAUAUCCCUGUGCAGGUCUUGCCAGAUCUGCGAGAAGCAAAUGACGCAAUUUGCAACAAGGGAUCGUCACGCGCAGAGCUAGAAACUAAGUUUCCGCAGUUCGACUUUUCGGAGUGUAGUACGGAGUGGGAUUAUGAAGAGCAUACGACAGAGCGCGCUAUAGAACGUGCAGAACGAGUAAGGGAAAGGCUAAAGGAGCUCUCGACAACGUACAAUAGAAUCGCCGUCAUCACACAUCGGGACAUUAAAGCAUUUAUGGUCAAGGGUAAGCGUUUCGGACUCGCAGAAGUUCGAUGCUAUCGCUUUGCAUCAGAAGAAGAAUCACGAGAUGAGAAGAUUAGGAGGGGCUUGAACUGUGAUACAUUGGAAGAGCAGGAUUUUGGACCUACGGUCUUGAUCCUUGAAGAAAGUCAGCGUAAAGAUCUUGGAACUCAGAGAGCUUCCGAUCUUUAG